AUGCCCGAAAGGACUAGCGAAAGUAAGGCCAAGGCACCUUGCAAGCCACAACCACUUUCAGACCGCGUCAUCGCCAUCCUCCACGACUUUAUCAAGGAGGAACGCAAGCGCGACUUUUCUUUCCUUGGAAAAUAUAGUUACUGCUACAAGAAUGCAAAAAGCCUUCUUGAGAUCGAACCGGCUAGCCAAUACGGCAUUGCAGCCACCAAGAAAAAAGAUGAUGAUUUUGAAAAUGCCGGCUGGUACACCUUCACUGAGCCGAUUGACCAUUCGCGUCGCAUGGUCGCCAUCAACAUUCUCAACCAAGAAAAUGUCAAAAUCGAGGGCAUGACUAUCGGGACGGGGACAAGCAACAUGCGUGAUGCGACAUCAUGGAUACGCGACACCUACUGCACCGAUCUCCAAAAGACAUGGCCCAAGAAGUUUUCUCCCAUGCAGUACGACGAGCAGAAAAAGUGGUGGGCAAAGACGGGUAAAUUUUUCAAGCUCCUUCAACUCCCUCUCGAGUUGCGUGAAGAAAUCUAUCGUCACGUCAUCGAACCCGUCGUUGUACCUGAUAUCGUGACGGAGGGCACAAGACGCUUCAUCUUUGGUGUCGGACAGUUCUUCGGGCCCACCAGCGUUGCAGAACGCAACCGCGACCCAGAUGUCCCCCGCCCCAACCUGAACAUUAUCUACGUCAACAAGCAGGUCUGCAGGCAAUCCUGCUCGGUAGCAUGUCGCGAGUCGAUCAAGCGGUUCACUACGCUGCGCUCAGGCCUGGUUAGAGGCCCUAGGCAAUCUUUGUUCAAGAUAUGGCAGCACGCCCUGAGCAUGCCACCGGAGCUUGCUCUCCAAACAGGCUUCCUGCGGCACAUCCAGAUCGAAAUGGAUGCGAGGGAGCAUUUUGCCUGCAUCGGGAUUUAUCCGAACAGCGGAUAUCCGCUUCGCGCUGAGGCUCCACAUGUCAUGAAGCUCACUGAGCUAGCACUGUUAAACGGGCUGCAGACGCUCGAUCUGCGGUUUAUUAGUCCGAAGCAUCGGCUCGCGCGGUGUCCGUGGGCUAUGGCGAGUUCGGAAAGCAGACCCCAUUCUUGUCAGAAGAAGUGGAUUGAGUCUUGGGUUGUCAUGGCGUGGGAUACGCUGCGCAAUCUUCGUACGACGAAGGGGGUGAAGAUUAGUUUGAGUGGGUGCAUCAAGACGUCUACGGUGGACUUUUGGGAGACCAAGCUUAAUGCUGCGGGUGAUGGGGAUACGGAAUUGGUGAAGAGCAUGGAGCACGCAAUGAAGGCGGAGAUCCUCCUUCGGAGUCACAGUCGUGAAAUGGUGUUUCCGUGUCGCUGCACGUAUCCAUGCGUGGGCACGAGUGCGGAUUUGCUGGUCAAUUUUGAGGAUGAUGAGGAUCCGCGGUUGGAGUCUGUCGAGGGGUGGCAGGGUAUACUUGACAAGGCGUAUUGGGAUUUUGAGGAUUGAGCGACUUUCACAUCAGAG